AAGGACCUUCCGUCAGUCUGAGCGAAAGGGUUUCAUUUUUUUUUUUCCCAUCACUAGGCUGGGAGCUCUGACAUCCUUUUCCCUGUGAAUUUCCAAAGAGGCUGAUACCUGGAUUUUUAUUGGCAGCGGAGGGGGAGAAAGUGCCAGGAAAUCCUUAGACAGACCUGGGCUAGGAUCUCACUUCAUCGGGAGCUAUGAGAUCCCCUUUGUGAACCACGCAGCUAGAGAAGCCAACCUGGGUCCAACAACCAAAACAAAAUAGAUCGGGUGGGUUUUUCUUCCCUCCCCCACUCCCUCCUCUCUCCUUUUCUCUUUUUUUUUUUUAUUUAUUCUUGUGCCAUUGCAAUAGGUGGAUUUUAUUCUAAGGAUUAGUCACAACUGUGAACAAACCAUGGUAGUAUUCAUCAUGAUGAGGGCACGGAUCUGCUUUCUGCUUUCCAUUGGACACGAAUUGACUAUGUCUUUUGAGGACAAAAGAAGAAAGGAACAGACCAGCACAGAAGAACGGGCAGAUUGGUGAAGUGUUUUUCGUUCAACGGGGGAACAUGAUGAAUUUGUGUGUGGCGGGGGAUGAAAUGCAUAUGAAGACCCCAGGAACCCCACGGCUCUACUGUAUAUGUAUUUUUUGUCUUUCUUUCAUGCUUGGAAAAUUAGGCAAGACUGACUGUAUCCACGGCAACAAGAGGAAGAUUUUUUUCCCUCACAAUGUUUGAUAGGAUUUAAUUUUCCUAGGGGGAAGAGGAUUUUUAUACAUAUAUUUUUUCAAAUAGAGAGGAGAAGAGGUCCAGAGGCCCCGGCCGGGAGAUGGAGCUCCAUCGGAUCCGGAAGCGCUGCUAACCCCUUGUCCCCUUUCCCUCCCCCUCCCCCCCGCCCUCCCCCUCCGGUUCGCCGAAGAUGGCCAACGCCAGCGACCCCGAGGAGGUCAGCGGCUCCCUCUCCCAGUCCGCCGCCGUGUCCACCUACAUCAAGCUGGUGCUGCUGGGCCUCAUCAUCUGCGUCAGCCUCGCCGGGAACCUGGUGCUCUCGCUGCUGGUCCUCAAGGACAGGACCCUGCACAAGGCCCCGUACUAUUUCCUGCUGGACCUGUGCCUGGCCGACGUCAUCCGCUCGGCCGUCUGUUUCCCCUUCGUCCUGGUGUCCAUCCGCCACGGCUCGGCCUGGACCUACAGCGUCCUGAGCUGCAAGAUCGUGGCCUUCAUGGCGGUCCUGUUCUGCUUCCACGCGGCCUUCAUGCUGUUCUGCAUCAGCGUCACCCGCUACAUGGCCAUCGCCCACCACCGCUUCUACUCCAAGCGGAUGACCUUCUGGACGUGCGUGGCCAUCAUCUGCAUGGUGUGGACCCUGUCGGUGGCCAUGGCCUUCCCCCCGGUCUUCGACGUGGGCACCUACAAGUUCAUCAGCAACGAGGACCAGUGCAUCUUCGAGCACCGCUACUUCAAGGCCAACGACACGCUGGGCUUCAUGCUCAUGCUGGCCGUCCUCAUCGCCGCCACCCACAUCGUCUACGUCAAGCUCCUCCUCUUCGAGUACCGGCACCGCAAGAUGAAGCCGGUCCAGAUGGUGCCGGCCAUCAGCCAGAACUGGACGUUCCACGGGCCGGGGGCCACGGGGCAGGCGGCGGCCAACUGGAUCGCCGGCUUCGGGAGGGGCCCCAUGCCCCCGACCCUGCUGGGCAUCCGGCAGAACGCCCACACGACGAACCGGCGGCUGCUGGGCAUGGACGAGUUCAAGAGCGAGAAGAGGCUCGGCCGCAUGUUCUACAUGAUCACCCUCCUCUUCUUGGUCCUCUGGUCGCCUUACAUCGUGGCCUGCUACUGGCGAGUCUUCGUCAAGGCUUGUGGCGUACCUCAACACUACCUGUCCACCGCCGUGUGGAUGAGCUUUGCUCAGGCCGGGGUCAACCCCGUGGUGUGUUUCCUGCUGAACAAAGAGCUGAAGAAGUGUUUGAGGACUCACCUCCCCUGCUGGGGGGCCGGGGGCGCCCAGGUGCCCAGGGAACCUUACUGCGUCAUGUGAAAACCCGAAGAGGGGGA